AAGCACGGUACCUUGUAUUAUCAUUUUCAAGUAUCAAACGUACUCUCUUCAUCGAUCAUCUCCUGCUACUCUCUCUCUCUCUCUCUCUCUCUCUCUCUCUUGCUCAUCCAUCUUCAUCCACUCAGAACUACUCUACAGUGCAUAUUCAACCAGAGUCUAAUAUUGAGCAACAUCUAAUUGUAUAAUAAUGGAGUUGGGUAACAUCGUUGACUUUCUUGAGAACAAAGUCAUGUUAAUCACAGGUGCCACUGGUUUUCUUGCCAAAAUUUUUGUUGAGAAGAUAUUAAGAGUGCAACCAAAUGUGAAGAAGCUCUAUCUUCUCAUUAGAGCCCCUGAUGGCAAAUCGGCCUUGCAACGAUUUAACACCGAGGCAGUGGCAAAGGACUUGUUUAAGCUCCUGAAAGAGAAACAUGGUACAAACCUGCAUAACUUUUUGUCCCAAAAGGUUACUAUUGUUGGUGGAGACAUCACUUGUGAUGAUUUAGGAGUACAUGAUUCAAGUUUGAAAGCAGAAAUGUGGAGAGAUGUUGAUGUUGUUGUCAAUGCAGCUGCCACCACCAACUUUGAUGAAAGCUAUGAUGUGGCCUUAAACCUAAAUACUUUUGGCGCUAAGAACGUUCUGAACUUUGCUCAGAAAUGUGUCAACAUAAAGUUGCUUCUCCAUAUAUCCACUGCCUAUGUAUCCGGUGAGAAGCCUGGAUUAAUGCUUGAGACUCCAUACUAUUUGGGAGAGUCACUCAAUGGAACGCGCGGUCUCGACAUAGAUGAAGAGAGGAAGAUCGUUGAAGAUAAAUUGAAAGAGUUAAAAUCUGAUCAUAAUGCUAGCCACAAGUCGAUUAAGAUAGCUAUGAAAGAUUUGGGGAUGCAAAGGGCACAUCACUAUGGUUGGCCAAAUACAUAUGUGUUCACCAAGGCACUAGGGGAGAUGAUUAUAGGGCACUUAAAAGGAGAUAUGCCGGUGGUUAUUCUUCGUCCAACCAUUGUCACUAGUACUUUCAAAGAACCCUUUCCCGGAUGGGUUGAAGGAAUUAGGACCAUUGAUAGCUUGGCUCUUGGUUAUGGCAAAGGUCGUUUAACAUGUUUCCUUGGUAAUCCUGAGGGUAUAUAUGAUGUGGUACCGGCUGACAUGGUGGUGAAUGCUAUGAUUGUGGCAAUAGCCGCUCAUGCAAAUCAAACUUGUUCCGAAACAAUUUACCAUGUCGGAUCUUCGGUAUCAAAUCCUUUGAAGUUCAGCACGAUUCAAAGAUGUGGUUACCGGUAUUUUACCAAUUAUCCAUGCAUUGGAAAGAAUGGCAAGCCUGUCAUAGUUGGUGAAGUUAGAGUGUUGAAUUCAAUGUCUAGCUUCCGUAGAUAUAUUGCUCUUCGAUACCUACUUCCAAUGCAGGUACUUCGAUUUAUGAAUUUCAUACUUUGCCGAGCUUUUGAAGACAGAUACAAAAAUCUUAAACAUAAGAUCAACUUUGUGUUACGCCUAGUCGACCUUUACAAACCCUACUUGUUCACAAAAAGCUUCUAUGAUGAUAUGAAUACUGAAAAGCUACGUAGGGUUAUCAGAGAGAGCGGAGAUGAAGAGAAUCUCUUCUACUUUGAUCCAAGGAUAAUCGAUUGGGACAACUACUUCGAGCAUAUACACCUUCCCGGUGUAAGACAACGCGAAUUUAAAUGAUCAAAGAGAUCAUUAGUACAAGUGUGUCGAUAUGUUUUUAGUCUUACCUUUUACAAUUGUCUUUUAUAUGAUAUUUAAAUGAUCAAAAGAUCAUUAGUACAAGUGUGUCCAUAUGUAUUUAGUCUUACCUGUUACAAUUGUCUUGUAUAUGAUACUUAACGUUGGUGAUUGAACAACGGUAUAAGCGAUAAGAGAUCUAUGAAAAAGUUAUCAUUUUGUAAAAAAUGGGUUCGGUUAAAAUUGGGUUAAAAGGAUUU